AUGAACGAUUUGGACGAGAUCUUGGAUUUUGAGGAGACAGUAGACUUUAAUUUAUCCGAUAAUCCCGAUGCCCUCACUGUUGAAAUAUUAGAUGAGGAUGGUUUAUUUAACCUUAAUGAAGAUAUUGGCUUUGAAGACGGUAAACAACUAGAUGAAGGGUCUAUUUCAUUAGAGGAUACCAAAGAUAGUAUCAAAAAUGGUGAUAAUGACAAAACUCAAAGUGUGGAUUCGUCUGAUACUUUGGACAAAGAAGGCAAUAAAGAGUCCGGGAAGCUUGAAACAGACAAUUCUAUUAUAUCUACAUUACCCUCAAAAGAAAACACGCUAAAGUCUUCAUCAGACACUGAUGUUGCGAAAGCUGACGGUAAAAAAUCAAAUAUAUCUAAUAAUGGGAAAUCUGUAACAAGGAAAUCGAAGUCUCCUGAAAAAGAAGACGGUGUGAGAAGAAAUAAUGAGUGGAACCAAGGAAAUGUCGGUGGUGAAUUUUUUAAUGGAGGCAUGUCAACAUUUCGGUCGGGAUAUGGACCGGGUUUAGAUGGAAUGUCAGGAAUUCCGAUUGGACAAAUGUCAAUGGGUAAUUCAUCUAUGAUUCCGAAUUUACCUAAUAUGCCUGGUCCAAUGAUUGGUCCUAAUAUUCAUGUAAAUCCGAAUUUUGCCAGAUUACGGCCACAUGCACUGCCAUUUAUAAAUCCUAUGGCACAAUAUCACAUGGGCGCUGGUGGACAUCCGAUGAACAUGAUGCCGUAUCAAGGGCAGAUGGAAAUGCCACCCUACCAUUCGUCAAUGUCACUAAUGGGCGGACGUGGAAGCAAUGCAUUCAUCGCGAGAGGUGGUAAUCCCAUUUUCAGUCAUCAUAAUAAUCCAAUGUCAGCACGCAAAUCUGCAAAUCAACAACCAAAUACACAGAGAACAACUCAAACAACAACUCAAGCGACGCCUCCCAAACGUAAGGCACCAAAUGACGGAUUCGAGCCAAAAGAACAAGAUACCAAAAAAGCCAUUGCUACGAAUGGUAAAUCUCAAGCUCCUGAAAACAAAUCCACUACAUCUCCUUCACAGAAAAACGUCGAUCGAGUUAAAACAUCUUUGACGACUACUACCACAAAAAAUCCUAUACCAGAAAAACCGUCCAAAUCCGGUAUUUCAUCAUCCACUACAAAUAAAGCACCUGUCACAAAGCUUAAAAGACGCACGGCCACAUUACCUUCUGAGUCUACAUCAUCUUCAAAAAAUAUACAAGAUUCUAAGUCAACCAUGAAAUCCGUAUCAAAAACUACACCCAAUUCCCUGCCAGAAGUUGUUCCUUCAAAGUCAUCCGCGACGAAUUCCAGCGGUCCGAUGGCAAACGGUACGAACAAGUUGACAAUUGAUAAUAUUGAUGAUCGUGUGAAUAAGCGAGAGCUUCAGACCAUGGCUGGCAGCGUUCCUGGUGGAUUUACGUUGGUUACGGUGGAUCGCGUGGCUCGUUCGGCCGAAAUUACCUUCAAGACAGUUGACGGCGCAAAGAUGUUUAGACGAAAAUACAAUAGGUUUGAUUUGCUUCAUGUCUCUUGA